AAAGUCCCGCGCGAAUACUCAACAAUAAUGUAGAAUAAUAAUAAAGGAGACAGGAAGAACGGGCGUGCCGCAGCUGGUAAUGUAGUUCGACGACAGGGGCGAGCCGUACGGUCCCGAGAUGAGGUCGGAUGAGUACAAAGAAGUGCGGAGUCGGCGGGGAGGAUCAGUGAUUACCGAGCGGCAGAGGCAGUGAGAUGAGUGCUAACAUGAGUGUUAAUAAGGACCGAAAGUGCUACCUAGUACUCGACGAUGGGACUGUCUUCCCCGGCAGGAGCUUCGGCGCCUACAAGAAGGUUGACGGCGAGAUCGUUUUUCAAACUGGAAUGGUUGGUUAUACGGAAUCGUUAACUGAUCCAUCUUACUGUAAGCAAAUUCUUGUGCUUACCUAUCCACUGAUUGGAAAUUAUGGAGUACCGAGUAAUGAAAAAGAUGAACAUAACAUAUUCAGAUGGUUUGAAUCGCACUGCGUUUGGGCGGCAGGUUUGGUGGUUAGCGAUCAUUGUUACACGCCUAGUCAUUGGCGACAAACGAAAUCCCUUUCAGAUUGGAUGGAGAGUAAGGGAAUCCCUGGCAUUGAAAAGGUCGAUACGAGAGCCUUGACAAAAAUCAUACGUGAAAGGGGUACGAUUUUAGGUAGAAUCGUCCAUAAAGCUCCUAUGGAAGGGGAAUUAUUGCAACGAAUCGUCGAUCCCAAUACAGAAAAUCUCGUUGCUCAAGUUUCUAGUAAAAUACAGACAACGUUCAAUCCAAACGGUUUUCCAUGUAUAUGUGUGAUAGAUUGCGGUUUGAAGAAUAACCAACUGCGGUGCCUGAUAUCGCGGGGUGCAAAAGUCAAUAUUGUUCCUUGGAAUCACAAAAUACAGAACGAAGAUUACGAUGGAUUAUUUAUUAGCAAUGGGCCAGGCGAUCCUAGUAUGUGCAAGAAGACGAUUGAUAAUCUUAAACAAGUUCUCGCUUCACCUAAUAAAAAGCCAAUUUUUGGUAUUUGCCUUGGGCAUCAGUUGUUAUCCAUUUCAGCCGGUUGCAGAAGCUAUAAAAUGAGAUAUGGUAAUCGAGGACAUAAUCAACCCGCGAUACUUGAAGGUACGAAGCGCUGUUACAUGACCUCGCAGAAUCAUGGCUUUGCUAUCGAUGAGACAAGUCUUCCCAAGGAUUGGGAGGUGCUCUUUACAAACGCCAAUGACAAAAGUAACGAGGGUAUCGUGCAUACCAGUCUCCCGUACUUUUCAGUGCAGUUUCACCCCGAGCACACGGCCGGUCCACAGGAUCUAGUGUGCCUCUUUGACGUGUUCCUUGAUGCGGUGAAAGAUGCCGUUAGCGGGCAGCAGAGCACAUCGGUAAAGAGUCGGCUUCGGCAGAUGUUGCAAGAGACGAUAAAAGAGAUCCCGAUUACCAGUCGACCGAAAAAAGUCCUGAUUCUAGGCUCUGGCGGGCUAAGCAUUGGACAAGCUGGCGAGUUUGAUUAUUCGGGUUCGCAAGCUAUCAAGGCCUUGAAGGAGGAGAAUAUUCAGACGGUUCUCAUUAAUCCAAACAUCGCAACUGUACAAACGUCCAAGGGGAUGGCUGAUAAUGUCUAUUUUCUACCAAUCUUGCCUGAUUACGUCGAGCAGGUAAUACAAUCGGAGCGACCCGAUGGCGUCCUACUGACAUUUGGCGGUCAAACGGCUUUAAACUGCGGCGUGCAACUACAAAGUCAGGGAAUCUUCGAAAAGUACGGUGUGAAGAUUUUGGGUACGUCAAUCGAGUCGAUAAUUGAGACGGAGGAUCGAAAGCUUUUUGCCGAGCGCGUCAAUGAAAUCGAGGAGAAAGUCGCUCCGAGCUGCGCCGUCUAUUCGAUCCAGACAGCCUUGGAGGCUGCGGAUAAGCUCGGCUACCCAGUGAUGGCUCGAGCUGCCUUUUCCCUCGGUGGCCUCGGCUCCGGCUUCGCUAACACGAAGGACGAGCUUAAAGCCCUCGCUCAGCAAGCACUCGCUCACUCCUCGCAGCUCAUCAUCGACAAGUCCUUACAAGGCUGGAAGGAGGUGGAAUACGAGGUCGUGAGAGACGCGUACGACAACUGCAUAACAGUAUGCAACAUGGAGAAUGUCGAUCCACUAGGCAUCCACACGGGCGAGUCGAUCGUCGUCGCACCCAGUCAAACUCUAUCGAAUCGUGAGUAUAACAUGCUGAGGACAACCGCCCUUAAGGUUAUUAGGCAUUUUAAUAUCGUGGGCGAGUGUAACAUACAGUACGCCCUGAAUCCGGUCGCCGAGGAAUUUUACAUUAUCGAGGUGAACGCAAGAUUAUCGAGGAGCUCGGCCUUGGCCAGCAAGGCUACCGGCUACCCAUUAGCCUAUGUCGCCGCUAAACUGGCCCUGGGCAUACCAUUACCCGACAUUAAGAAUUUGGUCACCGGAAAAACUACCUCAUGCUUCGAGCCGAGUUUAGAUUAUUGCGUUGUUAAGAUUCCGAGGUGGGAUCUUAGCAAAUUCCAGAGAGUCAGUACGAAGAUUGGCAGUUCGAUGAAGAGCGUGGGUGAAGUGAUGGCGAUCGGGCGGACGUUUGAAGAAGCUUUUCAGAAAGCUCUACGCAUGGUCGAUGAGAACGUCACGGGCUUCUGUCCGUAUUUAAAGACCGUGAAAGAGAACGAGCUCGAGCAACCUACGGAUAAGCGGAUGUUCGUCCUGGCAGCGGCAAUAAAGGCUGGCUAUUCAAUGGAGAGGCUUUAUCAGUUGACGAAGAUCGAUCAGUGGUUUUUGGAGAAAAUGCGAAACAUCAUUGCCUAUCAGAAUCUAUUAGAGAACCUCGAUCAGACGAAGUUGCCGGCCGAUAUAUUAUUGGGCGCUAAGCAGCUCGGUUUCUCCGACAAACAGAUCGCAGUAGCCGUAAAAAGUACGGAGCUGGCCAUUCGCAAGCAGAGAAAGCAAGCAAACUUAUUUCCAUACGUUAAACAAAUUGACACAGUGGCUGCAGAGUGGCCGGCCAGUACGAAUUAUUUGUAUUUAACGUAUAACGGCUCCAGUCACGAUUUAGAUUUCCCCGAGGGGUAUGUCAUGGUUAUUGGAUCUGGCGUUUAUCGAAUUGGGAGUUCCGUGGAAUUUGACUGGUGCGCUGUAAGUUGUUUACGGGAGCUUCGUAAUCUUGGGAAGAAGACAAUAAUGGUAAAUUACAAUCCGGAAACCGUGAGCACGGAUUACGACAUGAGUGACAGGCUUUACUUUGAAGAAAUAUCCUUCGAAGUGGUAAUGGAUAUCUAUGAUCAAGAGUUGCCCGAAGGUAUAAUACUGUCAAUGGGAGGCCAAUUACCGAAUAAUAUAGCCAUGGAUUUGCAUCGUCAACAAGCACGGAUUCUGGGCACCUCUCCCGAGCAGAUUGACGGGGCUGAAAAUCGAUUUAAAUUUUCGAGAAUGCUGGACAGGAUCGGUGUCUCCCAGCCAAGGUGGAGGGAACUGACCGACUUGCAAGCCGCUGUGGAAUUUUGCAGAGUCGUAGGAUAUCCAUGCUUGGUGCGACCGUCUUACGUACUUAGCGGCGCCGCUAUGAACGUUGCUCAUUCGGAUAACGAUCUUCAGUCAUAUUUAAAAAGCGCUGCCAAUGUGAGCAAAAAGUAUCCGGUUGUUAUUUCGAAAUUUAUCCUCGAGGCAAAGGAAAUUGACGUUGACGCUGUCGCUUACAAUGGCAAUAUACUCUGCAUGGCCGUGUCCGAGCAUGUCGAGAACGCUGGUGUGCAUUCGGGAGAUGCGACAUUAGUCACCCCACCGCAAGACAUUAAUGCCCAGACUCUGGAAAAGAUCAAAAUUAUAACACGGCAAAUUGCUCAUAAUUUAGAAGUCACGGGGCCUUUUAAUAUGCAACUCAUUGCUAAGGAUAAUGAAUUAAAAGUUAUCGAGUGUAAUGUACGAGUUUCAAGAUCUUUUCCCUUCGUUUCAAAAACAUUGGAUUAUAAUUUUGUUGCGAUUGCUACUCGAUUGAUCGUAGGGGAACCCGUAGAAGCUGUUGAUGUACUUGCAGGUUGUGGAAAAGUUGGCGUCAAAGUACCUCAAUUUUCCUUUUCUAGAUUAACCGGGGCCGAUGUUAUGCUUGGCGUUGAAAUGGCGUCUACCGGAGAAGUGGCUUGUUUUGGAGAUAAUAGAUAUGAAGCUUAUUUGAAGGGUGUAAUGAGCACGGGAUUUCAUAUCCCAAAAAAGGGAAUUCUCUUGUCAAUCGGUACAUUCAAGCAUAAAAGUGAAUUACUGCCAUCGAUUGCCAGUCUUCAUAAAAUGGGAUUUAAACUUUAUGCUAGUAUGGGAACAGCAGACUUCUACUCAGCACACAAAAUCGAUGUGGAGCCAGUGCAAUGGACAUUCGAAGAUGUGGUCGAUAACGAGGACUCGAACCCUAGCGAGUUGCAUAACCUCGCGGAUUUUCUCUCAAAGAAGCACUUCGACCUGGUCAUAAAUCUGCCGAUGCGCAACGGUGGUGCUCGUCGUGUCUCUAACUUUAUGACUCAUGGUUAUCGAACUCGCAGACUUGCUGUCGACUAUUCCGUUCCUCUCAUCACCGAUGUCAAGUGCGCCAAGCUCCUUGUCGAGGCGAUGCUAAUGCUCGAGGGUAAAGCACCACGCAUGAAGACGCACACGGACUGCAUGACGUCGCGACGUCUUCUGAGGCUGCCUGGUUUCAUCGACGUGCACGUGCACACGCGUGACCCCGGGGCCACCUACAAGGAGGAUUUCGCCUCGUGCACGGCUGCGGCUCUCGCUGGUGGCAUCACCAUGAUCAUGGCCAUGCCCAAUACCAAUCCACCCAUCGUGGAUGAGCAAGCUCUCCUAAUCGCCAAAGAGCGAGCAAAAUUUGGUGCACGUUGCGAUUAUGCUCUGUUUGCUGGUGCCUCUUCCGAGAACUACGGGACAAUCGCAGAAAUCGCUCCAAUGACGGCCGGCCUUAAGAUGUACCUUAACGAGACAUUUACAACUCUACGACUCAACGACCUGACGGUCUGGAUUAAGCACUUUGAAAACUGGCCACAUAAGUAUCCAAUUUGCGUGCAUGCCGAAGGUCAAACCACCGCUGCCGUUUUACUGUUGGCUAAUUUGCAUAAUAGACCCAUUCAUGUGUGUCAUGUUGCCCGGAAAGAGGAGAUUCAGAUUAUUCGUGCAGCCAAGGAGAAGAACCUGCCCGUGACGUGCGAAGUUUGCCCUCAUCAUUUAUUCCUCGUACAAGAAGAUUUGGAUAGAAUUGGUCAUAACUAUGGACAAGUAAGGCCAACGUUGGGGACCAAGGAAGAUGUACAAGCACUUUGGGACAAUAUGGAUGUCAUCGAUAUAUUUGCCACAGAUCACGCGCCGCAUACAGUGAUAGAAAAAUCUCGAAUGUCGCCGCCAUCACUGCCUGGAUUUCCUGGACUCGAAACAAUUCUGCCGCUCCUCUUAAAUGCUGUUAACGAAGGCAAACUCGAAAUAGACGACUUGAUCGAAAAAUUCUACCGAAAUCCAAAGCGGAUUUUCAAUCUUCCUGAACAGCCAAACACCUACGUUGAGGUUGAUCUCGAUGAAGAGUGGAUAAUACCGCAGGCAAUGACGUUUACAAAAUCAAAGUGGACUCCUUUCGCUGGUAUGAAGAUUCGCGGCUCGAUACAUCGAGUUGUACUUAGAGGUGAGGUCGCGUAUAUCGAUGGUCAGGUGUUAGUUAAUCCAGGCUUUGGCCAAGAUGUCAGAGAAUCCCAGAGAAAGAGCAAAUUUGUAGCGCCGACCGUUCAUCCGCCUACCGUUGAGAUCACUAGCAGGCCAAAUUCUGCCUUGGAAGGUCUAAUUUCACCACUUAAUAAGAAAGCCACAUAUGAUAAAAAUUUUGAAAAUGACGAUGAACCAAUUGAUGCUUUUGGCCAUUUAGUUAAUUCCGCGUCGAAAUCCGUGGUUCAUUUUGCCCCAGACCAUAAUUCCGUACAGCGGACCAUUUCGCCUCUACCAUUUACUAGCGGCACUCGACAUAAAAGUGAUAGCAAUUCGAAUCUAUUCGUUCAGUCGGGCGUUCAAUCAACUCUUCAACCUCUAAAUCAUGGUCUCUUUGGCCAUCAUAUUCUUUCAGUUGAAAUGUUCAAGAAAGAGCAAUUGAAAGAUAUCUUCGAUAUUGCUCACGAUUUGCGAAAAAGUAUAUUAGCGGACAGGUCAUUGGAUCUUAUUCUCAGAGGUAAAGUGAUGGCAUCGAUGUUUUACGAAGUUAGUACGAGAACAUCGUGCAGUUUCGAUGCUGCCAUGCAAAGACUCGGUGGACGAGUUAUUCAUAUGGACGAAGUGAAAUCAUCUGUUAAAAAAGGAGAGACGCUCGAAGACUCCGUCGCUGUCAUGGCCUGUUACGCCGAUGUUGUUGUUCUUCGACAUUCGAAGCACGGCGCCGUUAAUAGAGCAGCUGUACGUUGUCGAAAGCCAUUAAUCAAUGCGGGUGAUGGAGUAGGUGAACAUCCGACUCAAGCUUUAUUGGAUGUUUUUACUAUUCGUGAGGAAAUGGGUACGGUAAGGGGUCUUACUAUAACUAUGGUUGGCGACCUAAAACAUGGAAGAACCGUGCAUUCUUUAGCCAGGCUAUUGGCAUUGUAUGAAAACGUUCAGUUACGCUACGUCAGUCCGCCGAAUUUGGAAAUGCCAGAUGACAUUAUAGAAUAUGUGGCUAGUAAAGGCAUCCCCCAAGAGAAAUUUAAUAGACUCGAAGAUGUUUUAGCGGAAACUGAUAUCUUGUAUAUGACUAGAAUUCAACGUGAACGAUUUAGCACUCAAGAGGAAUAUGAUAAGGCAUGCGGACACUUUGUGGUGACGCCGCAGCUGAUGACGCGCGCCAAGAACAAGAUGCGCGUGAUGCACCCGCUACCGCGUGUCUUCGAGAUCAGCCCCGAGUUCGACAACGAUCCCCGGGCGGCUUACUUCCGCCAGGCAGAAAACGGUAUGUACGUGCGGAUGGCCUUACUCGCCAUGGUCCUCGGCCGUUGCUGAUCGAGAUCGGUUAACAUGGACUUGUGGCCUUCCACUGCACGUUCAAGUUUUGCGGUGGAGCUCUUCGGCCGAGCCCGCAUAACUGAAAGUUAGCCUCAUCCGCGGCUCCAAGGGGAAUGCUCUACGUGACUGGCUUUUCAAAAAUUUCUACCACGGACUGGAGUCCGAUCGAUUGUAAUUUCAGGCGAUUGCGCUUGUAUUUUUUUUUAGGUCAAGUCCGUUCAAAUUUAGUUUUAUGUAAGAUUA